AUGAGCACUGCGGCUAUCCAGGAAACGUCCCCUUCGCAGCCGGGGUUACUCGUAUUUGCGGUCGCCAGCGUGUUCGCGGCGUUGUUCGCGAAACGAGCGGCGUUCAUGAUCGGCAUGGGUGCGCGGGCCCAGUUGCGCGCGACGAUGGGCGCCGCAGUGUGCGUUGCGGUCGGACUGCGGGAAGCCAUGGGCGCGCCGUUGUCGUUGGACGUCGUUGUCGACAGUCUGCCCCGAACUCGUCGCGUCGGCCUCGUGCGCGACGCGGCAUUGUGGGAAAGAGAGAAUUUGGUCGCUGUGGAGAGGUGGCUUCGCAUGCAGAAGUCGUUUGUGUGGGUUUACGAAUUGGGGGGCAUGAGCGAUCUCAUGGGGGGCGCGCCGCUGACGCGAUGGGUGUUUGGAGAGGGCGCGGGCGUUUCUUUGGGGGCGCUUGCGUGGAUGGUAAAGGGGCACGUUUUCCGGGUGUCUCGCGGGCGGGGCGCCCUUGCGGUUUCUGCGUUGCGCGGCGACGCGGUCGAUGCGCCGUGGACGCGGAGGGAGUGGCAGCGCAGCGUCCGCAGAGACGUCACCGUUGAGACGACGUGGAACUGGUGGCGCUUCAGUGGGCGAGGGCCCGGACAGUUGCAGGUCCGCCUGGGGGAGCCUAACUUCGAUGCUUUGUUGGGGGCCACUCUUGAACAGAUUGAGGGCGACUGGAGAAGCCCUCCAAUCCUCGCGGGAGCAAUCGCGGAAGUGUUUUAUGAAGGAGGGCAAGAAGAUGCCCACGAAUUCCUGAUGGAGUUGCUAGAUCCCGACAGAGCAGAGCAGACAGCGGCCCCUUUCUUGUUUGUGAACGCGUCGGUGAUCAAAUGCGGUGGCGAGCGGUGCGACGGGCGCAAGACGGUGAAAAACGCGCGGCCGCAGACGUGCUUGCAGGUGCCGGUGUUGACAGAGGCGGGCGUUGCGAUAACAACGACGCAGAGAGCAAUAAAUGAAGCGUACAGUGAGUCCGAAUUAGAGGCGAGCUACCUGUGGAGGUGCCCCCGAGCGUGCGGCCACGGACGGGCGAGAAAGUUGGCGGUCAUGUCUGCGGCGCCAGAGGUGUUGUGGCUGCAGUUGAAAAGGUGGACGUGGGACGUCGCUACGCGAAGGGAGGUUCUCGUAGGAGUGGGGGAUGCGAUGCGAAGGCGCGCAGCGGCGCUGGAGAUGGCGCGCUGCAAGGUGUUGUACCUGAGGUGUAGCGAUGGGGCUGGGUGCGCUGCCGACUGCACGGCAAGCGCGAUCGGAUCGGCGGUCUGUGGCGAUGGGGCGCUAGUCGGGGAGAAAGGACAGGUCAAGGCACCAGAGGACAGCGUCGGAGACGAGGUCCCCGAGGCGGAUGCAAUGCAACGGGCUUUCUACAACGUUCGCGUGGACGAAACGUCGAGAGAUCCACGACGGGCCAGGGAGAUCCUCGUGGCAGCUGCUGCGGUCGGUGUGCGGCGUCACCCAACCGUGCCCGCGGAUCCAAACGACCCCGCGCAACCAUGGUCGCAAGCCCUGGCGGAGGACAUGGCCGUGGAGUUGCCGGCCGUGCACUGUGCGUUCGUGGGGUGUACGUGGCAGUCGGAUGCAGCAGACGACAUGUGCGGGCACGUCCGCGAGGUGCACGGUGCCGUCGUACUGCCCAUCGCCGAAUUGAUUCAUCCAGCGGAUGAGGACGAGGAUAUCCGCAUCACGGCGGCGCAACUGACGCAGUCCGGAAUUCAGAAGGUUCGCGCGGCCGACGUGGAGAGAGACAACUCCGACGCAGACGGUGCGCGGCCGGAGGCCCAGCUGACAGCCGGAGGGCAAGAAGAUGCCCACGAAUUCCUGAUGGAGUUGCUAGAUCCCGACAGAGCAGAGCAGACAGCGGCCCCUUUCUUGUUUGUGAACGCGUCGGUGAUCAAAUGCGGUGGCGAGCGGUGCGACGGGCGCAAGACGGUGAAAAACGCGCGGCCGCAGACGUGCUUGCAGGUGCCGGUGUUGACAGAGGCGGGCGUUGCGAUAACAACGACGCAGAGAGCAAUAAAUGAAGCGUACAGUGAGUCCGAAUUAGAGGCGAGCUACCUGUGGAGGUGCCCCCGAGCGUGCGGCCACGGACGGGCGAGAAAGUUGGCGGUCAUGUCUGCGGCGCCAGAGGUGUUGUGGCUGCAGUUGAAAAGGUGGACGUGGGACGUCGCUACGCGAAGGGAGGUUCUCGUAGGAGUGGGGGAUGCGAUGCGAAGGCGCGCAGCGGCGCUGGAGAUGGCGCGCUGCAAGGUGUUGUACCUGAGGUGUAGCGAUGGGGCUGGGUGCGCUGCCGACUGCACGGCAAGCGCGAUCGGAUCGGCGGUCUGUGGCGAUGGGGCGCUAGUCGGGGAGAAAGGACAGGUCAAGGCGCCAGAGGACAGCGUCGGAGACGAGGUCCCCGAGGCGGAUGCAAUGCAACGGGCUUUCUACAACGUUCGCGUGGACGAAACGUCGAAAGAUCCACGACGGGCCAGGGAGAUCCUCGUGGCAGCUGCUGCGGUCGGUGUGCGGCGUCACCCAACCGUGCCCGCGGAUCCAAACGACCCCGCGCAACCAUGGUCGCAAGCCCUGGCGGAGGACAUGGCCGUGGAGUUGCCGGCCGUGCACUGUGCGUUCGUGGGGUGUACGUGGCAGUCGGAUGCAGCAGACGACAUGUGCGGGCACGUCCGCGAGGUGCACGGUGCCGUCGUACUGCCCAUCGCCGAAUUGAUUCAUCCAGCGGAUGAGGACGAGGAUAUCCGCAUCACGGCGGGGUCCACGAACGUGGCGGUAUCAGGGGCCUCUCCGAGCGAGGGCGCGCACCCGCGGGCCUCCCUGCAGGCCCCGCGGCACGGGCCACCGCCGCCCGGCCCCGCGGCGGGCGGCGCGGGGGCGCUGGAGCUGCACCGGCCCAACGACACGGUGAUCCUGCGGUGCGUCCCGCGCGAGCUGUCCCGCGACGCGCUGGUCGAGCUGCUCGGCACCGCUGGGCUGGCUGGCAGGUUCAACUUCGUGUACAUGCCGAUGGACUUCACCCUGCAGCAGUGCAUCGGUUACGCCCUGGUCGGCCUGGAGUCGAGAGCCGACGGCGACCUGUUGAUCGAGCGGCUCCCAGAGUUCGAGCCCGCGUGGAGCGCGCCGCCCGCCACGCUGGAGGAGCACAUCGAGCGCUACCGGAACAGCCCGGUGAUGCACCCCAAGAUGCCCGACGCGUACAAGCCCGCGGUGUUCGCGGGCGGCCACCGGGUGGCGUUCCCCGAGCCCACGAGGCCCAUCAGGGCCCCGCGCAUCCGGCACAUGAAGCCCCCGCCGCGCGAGGCGUGGCGCGUAGCCCCGCACUGA